GCGCCCUUAAUUUUAUGAAAUUGAGAGGUGGUGAAGUUCUUCAAAGUAUUCCAGAAGCUAUUCGAAAUCUUGAAUCACUCUAUAUUGAAGGUUGCAAUAAACUUACAACGCUGCCAAACAGCAUCUUUGAAUCACAACAACUAGAAGAUCUUUCCAUAAUUCGAUGUUCCGGAUUGGUAGAGAUUCCAACAUCUCUCGGAGUUCAAAAGAAUCUCAAUCGGUUAGCGAUAUAUAGAUGUGAGAACUUAAAGAAGCUUCCGAGCUACAUUCAGAUGGAAUCCCUUCAACUGAUCGAUCUAAAUAAUUGCCCAAAAUUAGAUACAUUUCCAGAAAUCAAUGGAGCUAUGCAUUGCUUGAAAAAGCUGACUUUGAAUUCUACUGGGAUAAGAGAACUGCCUUCGUCCAUUGGGAAUCUGAGCGGCCUCUAUGACCUCAAUCUGAAUGGUUGUGAAGAUCUUGUAAGUCUACCAAACAGCCUUUGUAACUUGAUGAAUCUUCAAUUUCUUUGUCUCCGUGGAUGCAAGAAGCUAGAGAAGCUUCCAGAAAACAUCGGCGAUAUGCAAGAGUUAGAGAUACUUUACGCGACAGAAACUGCGAUCUCCCAACCACCUACCUCCAUCGCCAAGCUUGGCAAACUGACGGCCUUAAGAUUCUCACAUGUUUUCCAGCAUUCGUCAAGUUUCAUCUUGCAUGAACUAUCAGGUUUAUCCUCCUUGACGGAUCUCCAUCUCAGUAAUCUAAAUAUUUUGGGUGGACUACCUGAGGAAUUGGGUUCUUUGCUCUUUCUGGAUGAGUUGAAUUUAAGUGGAAGCAAUAUUUCUUGUUUACCCAAAAGCAUCAAACAACUCCUACAACUUCAGCGUCUGGACGUACAAUUCUGUCAGAAUCUUAAAGAACUGCCAGGAGAACAACUACCUCCAAAUUUAACGGAUCUAUAUUUAGAUUAUCAUUUAUUCAUGAAGAGCAUCAGAGAUCUAGUAACUAAGUGUCUUAAGCUGCAUGUGCUCUCAGUAUCAAGGUGUGGUCAUGAAGAAUCUGAAUGUGGAACUGUCUCGACAAGCCAAGUUAAUGUGUUGAAGUCCCUACAACAGUUAAUCAGGACAUGCUUCCAGUGUGACUUUCACCAUAGGGAAUAUGUUCUCAUUUCUUUUCCUGAAGUCAGAAGUCCAGAGUUGUUCAAUUACCAGUUUAUAAAUAAACAUCAGAUCUCAAUUGAUCUGAAUCCAUCUUGGUAUACCGAUAAAUUCAUGGGUUUUACCAUAUGUUACGGUUGUAAUACAACACGUGUGAGUCUAGUAGCUACAUUAGUCUGCAAAUCUGACCCUGAACGAAAACAUUCCUUGAAAUAUGUCAUCAAGUGUUGGUUCAAGUCGUCUGUCAUGUGUUUCAUUUACAUACCGUCUGAAACAUUGUGGCACGCUUCUGGCAAUAAAGUAGGGAAGAAUCCAAAUGAUUAUUUCCUUUUUGAGGUAUCUUCAAAUCUCAGACAGGAAAUAUGUUGGGGAAUUCGCCUCGAGUAUGAGAAUAAAAAUAAGAGAUGGAAAAGGAAGCAGCGAGCGAUGCAAGGUCUCAAACUCUUUCCAGUUCUGCCCAAAGAUAGUGCAGUAACAACUGAAAUUGACUUUUCACGGGCGUCUGCUGAGUAUGACAUCGCCACAGAUAGGGAGGAACAUAAAUCUCAUAACAUUGAGCUGAUUAGAGUUUGUGGCAGCCCAUCGAGGAAAAUGGACGAUGUUCCAAGAAAGAGAAAGAGGAAAAGAAAUAGAAAGAAGAAGAGAAAGGUAGCAGCUGCGACAGAUGAGCAGUUUGCAUGACAGAAGGGUUACCUAAAGGAGAAAAUUAAGGUGAAGGCUUUCAAGUUACAUGAUGAGCUUUUGGUAUUGUUGAAGUGGGUGAAAGUCCCACAUUGGUUGGGGAAUGGAUUGGCGGUUUUGGUUACAUGGACUUGAGCAAUCCUCCCCUCAUGAACUAGGAGAUUGAGUUCGGCCAGAUGUCAUAUCUUUACAUGUUAUCAGAACUAGGUCCAUCUCCGUCCAGGGCAUGAGGGGGAGCAUUGAAGUGGAUGAAAGUCCUACAUUGGUUGUGGAAUGGACUGGCGGUCUGCUUAUAUGGGCUUGAGCAAUCCUCGCUAGCUUUUGGGGUUGAGUUAGCCCAGGUGUCAUAUCUUUAUAGGUAUUUCAAGGGACAUGGCAAAAAGGAGGAAACUGAAAGGACACGGCUUAGGUGAAAGGUAAAGAAAAUCAGCUACAUUUGCCUCGCUUUCUCAAAUGGCAUUUCACGAGAUUGGUGAACUGAGGCGAUUUUAAUCUGGAGACAUGGAAUCAUACACAAUGGUGACUUGUCCUUUCGUUCUCGGAGACACUGAUUG